UUUUAUUUAAAUUUUCUUUAGCUUGUUCACGUGUUUGUUUACGUCUCUUAAUUAGAAUAAAUUUUCCAUAAAUAAAAUUGAAUUAGGAAACUCCAGCCUUUCAAAAAUGGAGUCCAAAUACACACUACCGAGUAAAUCGCCAUUAAAGACAUUCGGUUCUAACGUGCGCAGUGGUAUAAUUCCAUUGAAAAGAAAACUUCAAAGUCCUGGUGCAGAAAAUGGGGCUGGGAAAAUUUUCAAGUCGGCUAAUACAAAUGGGCAAUCUGUGUCCAAUAACAAAACAAAUGGUUUGGCACAACAGUCGCAGCAAACAUCCACAAAAUUAACACCAACUAAAGUACAAUUGGAACAACAGCGCCAAGCAUUGCCAGUAACAAGUUGUCGAAAACGUUUGGUACAGGAGAUACAUAAAUCUGAUAUAUUGCUUAUAAUGGGUGAGACAGGUUCUGGCAAAACAACGCAAAUACCACAGUUUCUAUUGGGCGCUGGUUUUGGUAAUAAAGGUAUGAUUGCCGUAACACAGCCUCGUCGUGUGGCUGCCAUUACAGUCGCCAAACGUGUGGCUCAAGAGCAGCACUGUCAGUUGGGAGAAUUAGUGGGCUACACUGUGCGUUUUGAAGAUUGUACAUCACAGAAAACACGUAUACGUUUCAUGACCGAUGGUUUUCUUAUGCGUGAAGCUCUUGCAGAUCGAUUGCUGCGCAACUACACAGUCAUAAUGUUGGAUGAGGCUCACGAACGUACUGUUAGUACAGAUGUGUUGUUUGGUGUUGUUAAGGAGGCUCAAAGACAGCGCAGAUUGCGCAGCUUGACACCUUUAAAGGUUAUUGUCACUUCGGCUACCAUGGAUAUUGAUCAUUUUGGCCGUUACUUUGGUGUUAAAGGCAUGUACUUGGAAGGUCGUACGCAUCCUGUCAAGGUAAUGCAUGCCAAAGAGCCACAAUCGGAUUACUUGCAUGCUACACUAGUAACUCUUUUCGAUAUUCAUCAAAAUACACCAGCCAAUCAUGAUGUAUUGAUUUUCCUAACUGGCCAAGAAGAAAUCGAAGCAAUGGCUCAACAAAUACGUCAAAUUGCAAAGACAAAUCUGAGUAAUAUUGCGGGCGUACGAGUUUUUCCACUUUAUUCCCAAUUGCCACAAAAUAAGCAACUGGAGUGUUUUCUGCCGGCUCCAGCCAAUGCACGUAAAAUUGUUUUAGCUACAAAUAUUGCCGAGACUUCAGUCACCAUACCCGGCAUACGUUGUGUCAUCGAUGCAGGUUUUGUAAAACGUCGCAUUUAUAGUCCCAGUACAGGUCUAGAUGUACUAAGAGUGGUUCGCAUAUCCCAAGCACAAGCUUGGCAGCGUUGUGGUCGUGCAGGUCGCGAUUCACCCGGUACUUGUUAUCGCACCUACACACAACACGAAAUGAAUGGAUUUGAGAAAAUGCCAAAACCUGAAAUAUUGCGUAGCAAUAUUUGCUCCACUGUUUUGAAUCUACUAGCAUUGGGUAUCGAUUGCAAAAGUUUUGAUUUUCUAGAUAGACCUUCUCCUGAAGCAAUGGACUCUGCUUAUCGGAAGCUCGAGUCUUUGGGUGCGGUUCGAAAUGCUGGCACAGUGCCCGAACUAACACCAUUGGGUCGUCAAAUGGCUCAAUUUCCCCUGGAUCCUCAGUACAGUAAAUUACUGUUGGCUGCUCCACAAUUCGGCUGUAUGGAAGAGAUGUUAAGCUUGGUAGCGGUACUCUCAGGUGAAAAUAUAUUCAUUUCGAGUGCUGAAAAGCGUGAACAGGCAGCUUUGGCUCAUGCCAAAUUUCAAUCAAAACAUGGUGAUCACUUAACGCUGCUGAAUGUUUUCAGUGCCUUUCAAAAGACUGAAAAAAUUAAGUUAUGGUGUCAUGACAAUUUCCUUAAUACUCGUAAUCUAAUGUACGCUCGCGAAGUUCGCAGUCAACUUUUGGAAAUUGUUGAACGUUUGGCUUUGCAAGUCAAUAGUUGUGGCAAUAAUUUUGACCAAGUUCGCAAAUGUUUACUGGUUGGUCUAUUCGAUAAUAUUGCUGAAUUGCAGCGUGAUAAUUUCUAUUUGACCAUAACGGGUCGCCAACGUGCCAAAAUUCAUCCCUCUAGCGUAUUUCAUGGCAAAUAUCGUCCUGAUUACAUAAUUUUCUCUGAAAUCGUUCUCACCGAACGUAAUUUCCUACGUCAAAUAACAGAGAUUUCGCCGGAAUGGGUAGCCGAGGUUGUACCUCAGUUUGCUCAUCUUAGUCGCAUCAAAGUGUCAUCGUAAUUAACGUUACAAUUACAAAUUGAUUUAUGUUUCACUUUUAUUUAAAAUUUUAUUAAAUUCUAAAGUCUCAAUUAUACAUGUAGGAAUUUGCCAGUUAAAAAAAAAUACUAUAAUUCUAUGUUAAAAAUUCUGAGCAGUUCGUGUUGUGACAAAAUAUUUAAACAUAUUCGUGACCACUAUUUGAAGUGCUUUAAAUACCUUAAGUCCUCAUUUUAUCAAAAAUUUUACCUUGUUUGCAAUCGUUUUUAUAGUGAAACAUCUUAAUUAGGUUAAUUUUAUAGUCCUAUUAUUUUUUCAGGUUUACAAAUUAUAAUUAUUUUUUACAUUGUAUGUAUUUAAGAACUUAUUAAUAUUAAAAAUUAAUAAAAGUUGAAUUUUAAAUAUUAAUUUAAUAAACUAA